AUGGGGCAGGGCUCGGCGCGGCUCAACCGGUCCGGCGUUUCGCGGGCGGCCGGCGGCGCCUGCGCGGCGGACAGGCAGCGCGCGGGGCCCUUCUCCGGCGCCGCCGCGGCAGUGCUGGCGGCGCUCAUGGGGCUGCUGGUGCUGGUCACGGUGCUGGGCAACGCCCUGGUCAUCCUGGCGUUCGUGGUGGACCGGCGCCUCCGCACCCAGGGAGACUUCUUCUUCCUCAACUUGGCCGUCGCCGACCUCCUGGUGGGCGGCUUCUGCAUCCCGCUCUACAUCCCCUACGUGCUGACGGGCGAGUGGAGGCUCGGCCGGGGCUUGUGCAAGCUGUGGCUGGUGGUGGACUACCUGGUGUGCACCGCCUCCGUCUUCAACAUCGUCCUUAUCAGCUUCGACAGGUUCAUCUCUGUCACCAAGGCGGUGAGUUACAGAGCACAGAAAGGGAAGACCAGAAAUGCAAUACUGAAGAUGAUCACUGUAUGGAUUGCUGCUUUUCUUCUCUAUGGUCCAGCCAUUCUCAGCUGGGAGUACGUAGCCCAGAAGAGCAUCCUUCCAGAAGGAGAAUGUCAUGCAGAGUUCUUCUACAACUGGUAUUUCCUAAUGAUUGCUUCUACCAUUGAAUUCUUUACACCUUUCAUCACUGUUACAUACUUCAACUUAAGCAUUUACCUCAAUAUUAGGAAACGCAUAUCCCUUAGAAAUGAAAACUUAUCUCCUGGCCAAGAGGACUGUGAGAUGAGUUUCCAAGGGAAAAAAAGGGAACACACCAUAUUUUUUGUAAAACCUGCUAACAGACAGAAACACAAGAAGAAGAAAGCAAGCAGCCUUUCUCCCCUGCAGAAGGCUUCAAGGCUCAGCCUAUGUAAAUUUGACAGUCAGUCAUUAAAUGUGAAUGUCAGUCAAGACCUUACACCACUUCAGGUGGACGUAGAGACCAAGUCUCAUAGGAACAGUUUCUGUAAAAGUACAGAAGACACAGGCGGCGCCACCACGAGAGCAGACGCUGCUGUGACAAACAGAUUUAGACUUACUCGAGAUAAAAGAGUAGCAAAGUCUUUAGCAAUUAUUGUAAGUGUGUUUGGUUUGUGUUGGGCACCUUAUACGCUUUUAAUGAUCAUCAGAGCAGCUUGCCAUGGGCACUGUGUGUUACAUUCACUUUAUGAGACUUCGUUUUGGCUUCUGUGGGUGAAUUCAGCCAUUAAUCCCAUUCUGUACCCACUAUGCCACAUGAGCUUCAGGAAAGCCUUUAUCAAACUCCUGUGCCCAGGAAAAGUUAAAAUUCAUCCUCAUAUUUUUAUGUAAAAAAAAAAAAAAAAAACCCUGUGAAAUUUGUCAGUAAGCACAUCUUGCUUUCAGUGGGAACACAAACUGGCCAAUACUCAUAUGUAAAUAGUAAAUGCACUGUGCACUGAAUAUUUAAGGGAACACUGAUGAGUGAAUAUUCAGGAACUUAUAGAAUACAGUCAUCUGCAUAGCUGAAGAAACAGCAAUCAAUGAAAACAAUGGUAAUUUCUCAAAGCUCUUCAAGGAUUUGCCUACAGUGUACUUUCUGGUGAUGAUGCACUAGCACUGAAGAGACAAAAAGGGAAUACAAAUUUCAUAUCCAACAACUGGGGAGUGUCUUAUUAUUAAUGUUUAAGUAAAACUGGUAAGAAAUUUGUUAGUUUGGAUUUGUUAUAUUUUGCCCCCAGCCACUCUGUAAGGACUUCAGGGUCUUAGCUGCUAGGUAUAUGCAUUUUGGGGAGGAAAUCCCCAGUCCCUAACCAACUAAUGGUACCAAGGAAAAGCUUGGAACAAGAGGUACCAGAACAGUCAGGUUACCAGAAAAGCUGAACAACUAUACCAAUAAAGGAACACUGACUUGGGUGGAAAAGGUGAUUCGUUUCCACCUUCAUUAGCAUCUUCUACAGUUUUACAGACAUUUAAUUCUGAGAACAAUUCAUAGCUAUUGAACAUCCACAGUCACUCAGUGCCACAGCCAAAAAGCAUCUUAGCACAGCUGAUCUGAAAGUUCACUAAUGAAGUUCAUUUUGUAAAAUUUCAAUAAAGGUAAUUACCAACUGUGAAAGAGUUACGACUGUCAUCUUAACCAAGAGCAUACGGAAGUAAGCUUAUAACAUGAGAAUAACUGCAGCUGA